CGACACAUAUCUGGAAAGCCAUCCUCGGUCUCCGACAUUGGGGGUCAGGGAGAUUUGUGAAUUUUAGCGAUGGCUUUACGGGUUAUCCGCCUGUUUGUACCGUCAGGUGCAGCUGCUCUCAAGGCAGGAGGACAUAUACAGAAGGCAGGAGUCCACACAAGUACUGUAAACAACCUGCAGUAUGGUUGGUGGGCAUACAUACUGGGUGAGAGGACAAGCCCCAGGUUAAAGGAGAACAGUAAAAUCAUCACCAUCGAUGGCAACUUGGCUUCAGGAAAAGGGGCCUUAGCACAAAAACUUGCCGACAAGUUGGGCAUGUUGUACAUGCCGGAGGCGGACAUUCACUAUAUGGACCGAAUGAACAAGGAGAAGGAACCGCUGGAUGCCAUAUUCAAUGGGAACUGCAGCCUGGAGAAGUUCUACAUGGACCCCAAGGCAAAGGAUGGGAACUCAUAUCGUCUCCAGUGCUGGAUGUAUCAGAUGCGGGUGUUGCAGUACGCAGAUGCCCUUGAGCAUCUUCUCACCACAGGCCAAGGGGUCAUUUUAGAGCGUUCUCCUUACAGUGAUGUGGUGUUUUUGGAGGCUAUGAUGAAACAGGGAUUCAUCAGGAAACAGUGUGUGGAACACUACAAUGAGAUCAAGAACAUCAGCAUCUGUGAGUUCUUGCCUCCUCACUUGGUUAUCUAUGUUGACCUGUCUGCAGAGGAGGUGCAGAAGAAACUAAAGGCUUCUGGCAAGUCACAUCUUCAGAAUGUGUCCUUGCCAUACCUGAAGAGCAUUGAGCAGGCAUACAAAAAUACCUUCUUGCCUAGCAUCAGUGAGCAAGCGGAAGUUCUGGCCUAUGACACAACACAGGUGAAGGAUAUUGAGAAGGUUGUUGAAGAUAUUGAGUAUCUGAAGUUUGACAAAGGACCUUGGAAGGAGGCGGAUGAUGUCACCUUCCAUUACUUGAGAGUUUUGGUGGAGGACAAACAGCAGGUGGCUAACCUGACUUGCAUACCUCGCUACCUGCCCGAGAUCACUGUCAGCGCUCACGAUGUGGAUAGUACAUACUACGCCUAUAAAUCGCUUCCUGGAAAGCGGUACGCAGAGGGCUACAAUGCAGACUUGGGAGACAAGAACAUCCUGUUCAAGUGAGCAGCAGCAGAAUAACCCAGCAGAAGAAGCCAUUUUGAGAAUUGCACAGUGCCAUCAGUGUGCAAGCGGCAGUCGUGAUAGAAUAUUAUGGUCAGACAAAGUCCACACCACUUAAACACCUGUCUCUCAGAUCCACUGGGCCAAGAAAUGUGUUGAAGCGUCAUGUACAUUAUUAUUGUUUGAAAAGAAUAUAUAUUAAAAAGUCACCAUCUUGGUCUUA